GUAUGGCGGCGGGGUGCAGCUGGAAGGAUGCUACUGUCGCCCGUCAUGUGUCUGUCGCCGGUAGGACGUAAAUGGACAAUUGACGGCAAAAAGAAAAGAGGAUUUAGCGAGAAAGGCUUGUCGCCGUGAGCUCCAAAGAUGGCCAGGCUCGCCGACUACUAUGUAGUGGUCGGUUACGACCUCGACAAGCGAGUGGAGGGUGAAGGUCAAGGUCGCAUUCUCCAGCGGUUUCCUGAGAAAGACUGGGAGGACAGCCCGUUCCCACAAGGCAUAGAGCUGUUCUGUCAGCCCAGCGGUUGGCAGCUGGUUCCUGAGCAGCAACCUGCUUCCUUCUUUGUAGCGGUUUUGACUGACAUCAGCUCAGAGCGUCACUACUGUGCCUGCUUCACCUUCUGGGAGGGCUUGGACAACCCACAGCUGCAGAAGGUUGAAGCCAGCGAGGUGGAUGAGGUGGAUGAGGAUCUCGCUGUCGUUCAACCAGCUCAGGUCUUUGCUCCCAAGAGCCUGGUGCUGGUGUCCCGGCUAGACUACACCGAGGUGUUCAGGAACUGUCUGGGUCUGAUCUACACCGUCCACGUAGAUGGCCUGUCUGUCCCCUUGGAAACGGUGGUUGGGAAUCUCCUCACUUGUAUCAUCCCCAUCGCUGGAGGCUCCCAGAUAGAUGAGUCCCCAGUUUGUAGUUUAGACAAGGUUCCUCAGGCCCUGGCCUGUGAGUGGCUGCUGGCCUGUCUCCAGCCGGGCCAGGAGGAGAGAGAGGAAAGUUUGAGGACUAUAACGUUAGGUGCUGGGGACCGGCAAGUUAUCCAGACUCCCAUCGAUGACUCACUUCCUGUCAGUGGCAGCAGCGUGGCCCAGCUCUUCAGACAGCUUGGUAUAGUCAACGUGCUGUAUCUGUUCUGUGCUGCCCUGACGGAACAUAAGAUCCUGUUCCUGUCCAGCAGCUACCAGAGACUUACAGAUGCCUGCAGGGGACUGCUCGCCAUCAUGUUCCCCCUCAAAUACAGCUUCACCUACGUUCCCAUCCUGCCGGGGAAACUACUAGAAGUCCUGAGCACCCCCACCCCCUUCAUCAUCGGUGUCAAUUCAUUCUUUCGCUCGGAGACACAAGAACUGUUGGAUGUGAUCAUCGCUGACCUGGACGGCGGCACGGUGACCAUCCCCGAGUGUGUCCACAUCUCUCUGCUGCCUGAACCGCUCCUCCAGCAGACCCAGACCGUGCUCUCCAUGGUUUUGGAUCCAGAACUGGAAAUCGCUGAUCAUGCCUUUCCCCCGCUCUCUACACAACCCUCCGCACUCAAGAUCCAGGAUAAGGAGAUCCGGGGAGUCUUCCUGUGGCUCUUCGCUCGGCUCUUCCAGGGCUAUCGCUGGUGUUUACACAUCAUUCGCAUUCACCCAGAACCAGUGAUCCGCUUCCACAAGGCUGCCUUCCUGGGUCAGAGGGCGCUGACGGAGGACGACUUCCUCAUGAAGGUGUUGGACGGCAUGGCGUUUGCGGGCUUUGUGUCCGAGAGAGGGCCUCCUUACAGAGCCACUGACCUGUUUGACGAGCUGGUGGCCAAUCAGGGUGAGCGGAUACGGCAGGAGGAGACCUGUCCACACAAAGUCAUGAACCACGUCAAGGAGCUGGCUGAGCAGCUCUUCAAAAAUGAAAAUCCUUACCCCGCUGUGGCGAUGCACAAAGUCCAGCGGCCGACUGAAAACAGCCAGAACAAUGCACAGAAUCAGACGCCGUUCCCCGUGCUGGACGAGGUAGCGGUGCAGCUCUUCAUCGACCAUGCUGCAGCCAAGCUCAAGACUGCUCCUCCUGUGGUCAAGGCAGAGCUCAAAGGAAUGGUGCCGUCUGGGCCACCACUGGGAGACAUCGUGGACAGAAACGGCCAUGUGAUGGCUAACAGCGCGCGCAGGCUGGAGGUGGUCAGGAACUGCAUCACUUACAUCUUCGAGAACAAGAUGCUGGAGGCCAAGAAGUUAAUGCCAGCUGUACUUCGGGCAUUGAAGGGUCGGGCAGCCCGGGUUUGUUUGACCCAGGAGCUUAAUCAGCAUGUCCUACAGAACCGGGCUGUGCUGGAUGACCAGCAGUUCGACUACAUUGUCCGAAUGAUGAACUGCACCUUACAGGACUGUUCACAUAUAGAUGAACACGGUAUUGCAGCCGCCCUCCUUCCACUGGUCACAGCCUUCUGCAGAAAAAUGGGGGCAGGCAUUACUCAGUUUGCCUACAGCUGCGUGCAGGAGCACAUGGUUUGGACUACCAUGCAGUUCUGGGAAGCCAUGUUCUACAGCGAUGUUCAGAACCACAUCAGGGCUCUGUACCUGGAGACAGAGGAGGGGGAGCAGCACAACAACUCUGAGCAGCAGGACGGGUCGGGCAGCAGGAGGGAAAUCAGCGCGCUGGAGCUGGCGUCAGAGCAGAGCCGGCUGUGGCCGACGCUCAGCAAGGAGAUGCAGACGGAGCGCGUGCAGAAGGAGGAGAGCACGGUGUUCAGCCAGGCCAUCCACUACGCCAACAGGAUGAGCUACCUGCUGCUGCCGCUGGACACCAGCAAGAACCGCCUGCUGAGGAGCUCCGGCCUCGUAGACGUGGAGAGCGUCAGCAACAGCUACGUCACAAACAGUAUUGCAGGCAGCAUGGCGGAGAGCUACGACACAGAGAGCGGCUUCGAAGACGCAGAGAGCUCCGACGUAGCUAACUCCGUUGUGCGCUUCAUUAACCGAUUCGUGGACAAAGUGUGUAACGAGAGCGGCGUAACCAACGAGCACCUAAAGGCCCUCCACACCAUGAUACCAGAUAUCGUUCAGAUGCACAUCGAGACGUUAGACGCAGUCCACAGGGAGAGUAAGAGACUGCCACCGAUCCAAAAGCCCAAGCUGCUGAGGCCAACAUUGCUGCCCGGUGAGGAGCUGGUGAUGGACGGUAUGCGGGUCCACUUGAUCCCAGACGGCCGCGAGGAGGCCACGGGGCUGAUGGGAGGUCCGCCUCUGCUGCCUGCUGAGGGCGCCAUCUUCCUCACCACCUACAGGCUGAUCUUUAAGGGCACGCCCACAGACCCACUGGUGGGUGAGCAGGUAGUGACUCGCUCGUUCCCCAUCGCCUCUCUGACCAAGGAGAAGAGGAUCUCAGUCACUAUACCCAUGGACCAGUUUGUCCAGGAGGGGCUCCAGCUACGGUCCUGCACCUUCCAGCUGAUGAAGAUUGCGUUUGACGAGGAGGUGGCAUCAGACCUGGCCGAGGUUUUCAGGAAGCACAUGCACAAGCUGCGCUAUCCUCAGCACGUCCAGGGCACCUUCGCCUUCACUGUGGGUCAGUGCGGGAAGCUGGUGGUGGAGCACAAGACCAAGGACAAGAACCAGUCGCUCAAGACACUUUCCAAAAACCUGGUGAAGACUGCCAAGAGGACCAUCGGCAGGCAGUAUGUGACCAGGAAGAAGUAUGCUCCCCCCACCUGGGAGAACAGGAGCAGCUUCCAGUCAGAGCUGGAUGAGGAUGAAAUCUCAGUUUCAGAGGAAGUGGACCAGAGCUCCCUCACCCUCUCCUCCACCAUCCGCUCGUCCGACAGACAGACCAUGAGCAACGUUGUGGAGCGCGCCUGUUGCCGCGACUACCAGCGCUUAGGUCUGGGCACGCUCAGUAACAGCCUGACGCGUUCUAAAAACGAGCCUUUCAGGAUUUCCACCGUCAACCGCAUGUACACCGUCUGCAGGAGCUACCCCGGCCUGCUGAUUGUGCCUCAGAGCAUCCCAGACUCGACCAUCCAGAGAAUCUGUCGCUGCUACCGGCAGAAUCGCUUCCCUGUGGUUUGCUGGAGGAAUUCACGAACUAAGGCCGUCCUGCUGCGCUCUGCAGGCCUCCACGCCAAGGGGGUGGUGGGCUUCUUCAAGUCCCCCAACGCCCCUGCUUCAGUGCCCUCCCAGGCCGACUCCACCAGUCUGGAGCAGGAGAAGUACCUGCAGGCCAUCAUCAGCUCCAUGCCUUCUUACAGCGAGAACAGCGGCAGGAACACACUCAGCGGCUUCACCUCCACACACAUGAGCACGUCCGACUCCUCAGACAAGCUGAGGCAGCCCAAGAUAGGCGCCCUGAUGAAGCAGGUGAUGGGCGCCAAGGAGGACGUCCCUGGAACCUUCAGCAGAGGAGCUCUGGGUCAAAGGGCGAAAGUCAUCUCCCUCUCUCAGCCCAAAGUGUCUGGCAAGGCCAGGAACAGUCCUAGAGGUAAAUGGGGCAGUAUCCGGGGCAGCGGGCGUCUAAGUGCCUACAACCCAGACGUGGGGACGCGGCUGGCAGGGAAAGAGUCUCCACAGCCCAACGGAGGGCCGAGCGAGGCGCUGUUCCUCCGCCAGCAGAAGGCCUACCUCUACAUCAUCGGAGACAAGGCCCAGCUCAAGGGAGGGAAGCAGGACUCGUUCCAGCAGUGGGAGGUGGUUCCCAUCGAGGUGUGUGACGUGCGGCAGGUGAAGAACAGCUUCAAGAAGCUGAUGAAGGCGUGCGUGCCGAGCACCUCGACCGCAGACCCCAACAUGAGCUUCCUGCGCUGCCUGGAGGACUCUGAGUGGAUGGCUCUGCUCCACAGGGUGCUGCAGGUGUCGGUGCUGGUGGUGGAGCUCCUGGAUACGGGAUCGUCGGUCAUGGUCAGCCUGGAGGACGGCUGGGACGUCACCACACAGGUGGUGUCUCUGGUGCAGCUGCUGUCUGAUCCGUACUACCGUACGUUUGACGGCUUCCGGCUGCUGGUGGAGAAGGAGUGGCUGUCAUUCGGACACAGGUUCAGCCACCGGGGAGCGCAGACGCUGGGCAGCCAGAGCAGCGGCUUCACCCCCGUCUUCCUGCAGUUCCUGGACUGUGUGCACCAGAUCCACCUCCAGUUCCCCAUGGAGUUUGAGUUCAGUCAGUACUACCUGAAGUUCUUGGCCUACCACUAUGUAUCCAACCGCUUCCGCACAUUCCUGCUUGACUCCGACUAUGAACGCAUCGAGCUGGGAGUGCUAUAUGAGGAGAAAGGAGAGAGGAAAAGCGCUCAGGUGUGUAAGUCUGUGUGGGACUACAUUGACAGACUCAACAAGAAAACACCCGUCUUCUACAACUACAUGUUCUCUCCUGAAGACGACGAGGUGCUGCGGCCGUACACCUUCAACUCCAACCUGAAGGUGUGGGACUUCUACAUGGAGGAGACUCUGUCAGAGGGGCCCUCUUACGACUGGGAGCUGAGGGGCCGACAGGAGCGCGUGGCGGAGGAGACGCCGGAGAAGCCCGACAGCAGCGGGCCGAAAUCGCAGCGGCGCAUCGUGUGGCCGUGCUACGACAGCCUGAGCAAGGCGGUGCCCGACGCCAUCACCAAGCUGCUGCAGGACCUGCAGAGCCUGGAGGCCGAGCUGGGACAGACGUCAGAGAAGUGGAAGGACACGUGGGAUAAAAUGAAGAACACACAGAGGGCCGAGGCCAAACUGGAAAGCAAGCCGUCGUUCUCCAGCUCCUUGCUGAUGGCGUCCAACCUGAGCCACCAGCGGCGCUCUCAGGGCGUCUACCUGCAGGAGAGCGGCGUGGGGUCCUCCAUCAACCUGGCUCUGGACGGCGAGGCCAGCGCCACCUCCACCCCCGUCGCCGGGCGACCCAGCACCAGCACGCUCUACAGCCAGUUCCAAAGCACGGAGAGCGAGAACAGGAGUUUUGAAGGCAUCCUGUAUAAGAAAGGGGCUUUGUUGAAACCAUGGAAACCACGGUGGUUUGUGCUGGAUAAGACCAAACAUCAGCUGAGAUACUACGAGACCAGGCAGGACAAGGACUGUAAGGGCGUGAUCGAGCUGGCCGAAGUGGAGUCAGUCAUCCCAGGAACGCCGACCAUGGGCGCACCGAAAAACAUCGAGGAGAAAGCCUUCUUUGAUCUCAAGACGACCAAACGAGUGUACAACUUCUGUGCAACGGACAGCUCCAACGCACAGCUGUGGAUGGACAGUGUUCAGAGCUGCCUGUCAGACGCCUAGAGAGGAGGCGGGACUCUUUACGGAGCAAUGCAACCAGGAACGAAUGAGCAGCGCUGCGGCACCUGACGGACACCUCUGCCGGCCGAUCCCAGCGGAACAGGGAGGGGGAAGGGGCCUUUCACCACUUAAGCUCUGUUCUGUUCGCUAGUGUUGAACUAAUAACCUCGCGUCACGACGUUUCAGUGUCUUUGUUAUAAAAAAGAGAAAAAAAAAGAAAAAAAAAAAGUCCCCGAAGAACCACUCGCUGUCGUCUCACCACGUAGCUGCAGCCUCUCACCCCGACAGUCUGACCACUAUGUGCGCUGGAUGUCUGCAUACACAAAAACAAUGCCUAUUAAUUGUUCUGUGAGGCGUCCUGCAGCUUGGACCAGCAUGAAGAUCUUUCCAGACCCUCCACCUGUAAACCGCACCCCGCUGUCCCUCGUACUAACCCCGCUCGCCCCUUAACACGCUCCGGGGAGGAAUGACGGAGGAGCUGCAGUUGCACGCACAGGACCCGUCAGACUGCUUCGGAAAAAAGGAUCUAAAAGAUCGACUGGUGGGUUGACGGACCAAAUCAACCCUGAGGAACACAUGCUGACAGCAGACGCUCUUCCUUCCUGUCCUCAGAGGUCUCUGUUCACUGCCUGAUGUAGCCCAUUCGCAACGGUUCAUGAAGGAUUUCCUUUUUUUUGUUUUGUUUUUUUUUUCUCUCCAAAAUCUCAAAUUCUUACCCGAAAGAGAUCAACGCUCAUCAGGCGAUGAUGAUAUACUGUGAAAGCCAUGAAUCAGUCGCAGAGAUCAAACUAGGAGAGCCAGUGGGAGAUUGGAGUCUGUCAGGUAUUGAGUGUGUCGGUGAACUGUCACUGAGAGUGUUUACAAAGUAGACAAAAGUUCCCUCACUAAGCUAAACUCUGCUCUUCACCUGUGUGUGUUUUUAAUCAGUACAACCACUAUUAACAUUCAGAUUUUUUUAAGGGAUGCUGAAGGAAAAAGGAGGGAUUUAUUUUCUAGUGAUAUCUUUUAAUAAAACUAUCUAUAGAAGGAGAUCUGGAAGGUAGGAGAUGAAGAGGAGAAUGAUAUUAUGGGAUGCUUCGGACGGAGAGGCUACAGUCUUUAGAGAAGGACAUUGACUCGCCACAGUGCUCCACGUGUCAGAAACUGGAUGUUUGGUAAAGGAAAAUUCAGAUAUUUUUCAAUGUAGGUCUUAUUCUCAUGAUUGUGUGCACCACUUUACAGGAAUACACAAAAUAUAUUUCAAAUUGGACUGAAAGCAGACAGAUUACCCCUUAGAUUAGCUAUUGUGGCUAACUGGAUGCUAAUUUCGUAAUCAAAGGUGACCAGCUGGCAUACCAAACCAGCUGCAUGGUUAAUGUGUGGUUAUGGUUAAUUAACAGGCAGCUGUUUGGAUCCUACUGCAGUUAGCAACAAUCGUAAGUCCAGGGGGCUACUUUCUAUUUGUUGUGUUUGGACUCUUACGGCGUACUCACACAGGGCGCACGGUCAAUUUUCACCUGCGUUAACUCGUGUUAGUUUGAUUACAGGAUCACAUUUGUGUUAUUUAUGUUACUUGCGUAAGGCGUGACAGUAGCCGUGUUUCCAUCAACAAAUUUCAAUGCGCAUUUUGAAGAUUCACUUAAGAAAAGCUUGAUGAAAACACCAAAAUUUGAAACAACUUUCGAAAAUGCGCCAGAGUUUUUUUUUCUUAAAGUUCUGAUGUAGCGAACAUUUAACUCCUGACUGAUCAGCUGUUUCUGCUCUGCCGGUCAAGACGAGUUGACAAAGAACAACUAGAAGUUGCCCAAUUGAAUUUAAUUCCUGAAGACUUCUCUCCAUUUUCCCUCAUGGGUGGCCAAAAUUGUCCGAUUAGCAACCCUUUUUUUUAAAUUAUUUUUUCGCUCUCGCUCAAUCUCUUCUUCUACUACUGUUUACUGACCGAUUAGACCACAGCAACACAUCACACUGCCAUCUUCUGACCAAAAUACGUUUUGUUCAUUUGAUCUAACCCAGUUGGUGGAAACGUCCCUAAUUCGCAUUUCCUUUAAUGUGACAUUUCAAAAUUUCGCUUUGAAAUUAGAUUUGACUUUAAUGGAAACAUGGCUAGUAAACAAAGCCACCAUCAUCAACUGUGGCUGAAAUAACCAGCAAUGCUGCUUUGUACCAGUUUUGAAAGUCUAAGAUACGUUGGAAAACCAAACUCUGUCACGUCUGGUUUAAUAAUAUCAUCCGGAGGUGCACACAGCUCAGUGAUUUUCACCAUCGAACUGUGUCUGUUAUGUAGCCAAAUUAAACCAAUUUACCUGUGAUUUAAUCGCAAUAAACAUAAGUAUGCCGAAAUAACUGCAAUAUGAUGCCGAUGUGUAAAAAGUCUGAAUUCCUGCUUUGUCAGGGCUGUGAGCAGCACGACAAGCAAACAACUCUUCAAAUGCUUGUUUUUUGAAUGGAAACAAGCAUUUCAGUUGAUCAAUCCGAGCUAUGCAGUGCAGGAGAAGCUAAAUGCUGACAGGCGUCAUGCAAAGUUUACAUUUUUUAGCUUGCAUGAAUACACUAAGAUGUUAAUAUUGUGUUUUGCCGCGCUAGUGUAAAUUUUACAUCUUUGCACUGACUUUGUAAUUGCACCGCAUGAAUAAAUUGGCAUCGCCAUGGUGUAAACACGCCAUUAGACAAGUGUGAGAAAUGAUUUGUGGCAAAUUCAGGUUAAUUUGGAACACUGCAGGAGGGUCCACUGCUUAAGAAAAUCUCAGAAGAAAAUGUUCAGAAUUUUUAGUGCAUAAAGUUUUAUUUUGCUUCAUAUGUAGGAGAAUUUCCUGAACUGUUCGUCAUAAUGGAAAUAAGACUGGUUGAAAAACAGCAGAAUUUUCCUCUAAGGAUGCUGGGACAUGGAAAGUCAUCUAAACGUGUGUGUGUGUGUGUGUGUGUGUGUGCGUGCUGGUGACAUAUACUAGACACCAUCACAUUCACUUGUGCUCAGUGUGUCACAGGACUGAAGCUGUUCACUCUCACUUCCUGUUUCAGAAGCAUCAACGGUCCACUGUUCCCUUCAGUGCUGCAGCGUGUACAUAGAGCAGGCUACAUCUGUUAGAGAGUCGUAGAGACACAGUACGUUUAGCUGGAAGGUUUCAAACAUCAAGUCACUUUUUAUUUUAUGUCAACGGUUUAUCGGACUGCCCCCCCCUCACCUCUGUCCUCCACACACAACCACUCUGACCCACACGUGUUAACUCAAACCCUGCUAUGUAAAAUACGGUUCUACUGCUGUCUUUGUUGAACUUAAAAUUUGAAAUUGUAGAUUUUUUUUGUGUCUAAUAACUCCUUUGUAUAUACUACUCCAGAUUUGUAUGUAACGUUUAUGGUAGUAAUUUAUUUAACUUGUCUCAUCAGUAAGAAAGUUCCUGAAGCACCACUUUAUUUUUAAAUUAGGAAUUCAAUGUGCCAUUUGUUUAUUUCUGUAUUAAUGUGACUAAUGCUUUUUUUUUUUUUUUUUUUUUUGAAAAAUGUACAAGUAAACCCUCAAUGUCUUUUUUUGUUUUGUUUUGUAAACACGGUUGUCCUUACACAAUACCAACCAAUUAAUGCAAGAGUGGAAAUUGUGUGUUAGUGGAAGAGGAAGCCUCUGGGUUGCUUUUUACAAGCUGGUUGGAUUUGACUGUUGCUCGCUCACAGUGAUGGGAUGUUCUGGAUGUAGCUUCCAGUCACAAUAAACGUCAGACAAUA